UGGGAAUGAGACUAGUACCUAUCUCCCAGGGUGACUGUGAGGAUCGAAGAAGAUAACAAAGAAUGAAGGGAUACAUGUGUUCUUCUAAAUACCCUCUGCGACAGAAGAUUUUCAUCCUCUUUUUGACACUAUGGUUGUUCUCUUUAUUGAAACUUUUAAAUGUAAAAAGAUCCUACUUCUCUGGAAAAGGCAUUUACUUAGUCGAACGAUCUUUAAGCACUUCAUCUUAUGUAAGAAAUAGGUAUACUUUUCUCAGAGGUGAAUCCAGGUAUAAAAUUAACUGUUCCCAUAUUUAUGAACAAGAGCCUAUGGAGAUUGGCAAGACAUUGGAGAUACGGAGGAAAGACAUCAUUGAUUUAGAUGAUGAAGAUGUCAUAGAAAUGACCAGGGAUUGUAAGGUCUAUCAGGCCAUUAGAAGAUACCACCUGAAGCCUGUUUCAAUGGAAGAGCAAAGAUUCCCAAUAGCUUAUUCUUUGGUAGUUCACAAAGAUGCCAUCAUGGUUGAAAGGUUGAUCCAUGCAAUAUACAACCGUCACAAUGUUUAUUGUAUCCAUUAUGAUCAGAAAUCACCUAAUACUUUCAAACUAGCCAUGGACAGUUUGGCCAGGUGCUUCUCCAACAUUUUCAUUGCUUCCAAAUUAGAGACAGUGGAAUAUGCUCAUAUUUCCAGGCUCCAAGCUGAUUUUAAUUGCUUAUCUGACCUGCUGAAAUCCCACGUUCCGUGGAAGUAUGUUAUUAACCUGUGCGGACAAGAUUUUCCUUUAAAAUCAAACUUUGAAUUAGUAACUGAGUUAAAGAAACUAAAUGGGGCAAACAUGCUGGAGUCAGUGAAGCCAAGUAACAGCAAAAAGGAAAGAUUCACUUAUCACCAUGAACUCAAAAGUGUGCCUUAUGACUAUAUGCUAAUGCCUGUAAAGACAAAUAUUUCCAAGGAAGCUCCACCCCAUAACAUUGAAAUUUUUGUGGGUAGUGCUUAUUUUGUUUUAAGCCGAGCCUUUGUUAACUAUACUUUCAAGAACCCCCUCGCUAAGGACUUUUUUGAAUGGUCCAAAGAUACAUACUCCCCAGAUGAGCAUUUCUGGGCCACCAUGAUCCGAGUACCAGGAAUACCUGGGGAGAUUUCCAGAUCAGCACAAGAUGUCACAGACCUACAAAGCAAAACCCGACUGGUCAAAUGGAAUUACCUGGAAGACCAUUUCUAUCCUCCCUGUACUGGCUCUCAUCUCCGUAGUGUAUGUAUCUAUGGGGCAGCCGAAUUAAGGUGGCUUAUGAAAUAUGGACACUGGUUUGCCAAUAAAUUUGACUCCAAGGUAGACCCAGUUUUAAUAAAAUGUUUGGCUGAAAAGCUUGAAGAGCAACAAAGGGAGUGGGUUCGUUUAUCUUCAGAAAAAUUAUUUAUGUUUAAAAGUCCCACAACUGUGUCACUCUAGAGCCUCCAUGAUGGAAAUAUUGUAAUGAUUAUUUUUAAUGAAGGCCCUUGAUAUAUGAUGAUAUGUAAUAUCAUUAUAAUUGUAAAAACAAUGUUAUUGUCCUCUGUUUUGAAAGAUGUCCUCUAAGUGGGGAUGAAAAGAGGAUUAUCAUAAAUUGGCAUUUAGUAGUAAUUUGCUUGUGUGUAUCACACCAUUUGCAAUCCCAUUGGAUGGAAUUUUUGUGACCUUCAAAAUAUUUAGGCAUCAAAGGGCAAAUUAGAAUAAUGAGACAUAACAAGCUCUUAGGAAACUUCCCAUCGAAUUCAUAUAUGGUAUCUUUAUAGUGACCCUGAGACCUUCAUUGUAGUCUAUGUAGUAAUUAAAUACUGCUGAAAGGCAGUUUGGCCAGAGCACACGGAAGGCAACAGUGCAUUUCCGAUGGUCUUUAAGCCCAGUAAUCAGUGUUUUAUUUCUCUCAUUUCAGUUGCCUAAUUUUUAAAUCUUUUUUAUUAAAAGAGUAGGAGGGGGGCAGCUAGGUGGUGCAGUGGAUAGAGCACCGGCCCUGGAAUCAGGAGUACCUGAGUUCAAAUCCGGCCUCAGACACUUAACACUUACUAGCUGUGUGACCUUGAGCAAGUCACUUAACCCCAAUUGCCUCACUAAAAAAAAAAAAAAAAGAGUAGGAGGGAGGACUGUCUACUACCUCAGGAGAGCUCAAAGAAAAGUCCAACUUCCUGCCAUAUCUAGUUUGCGAGUAAUUUAGUGGAGCUUAUCUUCUUCAAUGUGCCUGAAGACACUGCUAAAGACACCUGGUGGCACAUGUGUGCUGGUGAAACUUCCUAGGGAGGGCUGAGGAUCCAAGGUGUUUCUGGGAUUCUGUGCUCCACAUUACUCAGUAAUACUAUUUGAUGGCACAGGUUUUUUUUUGUUUUUGUUUUUUGUUCCUUUAAGACUUUCACUUUCGUCUAAUUAAGUAAGGGUUAGUUAAUAAUUUAAAGCAUUAAACUUGGGAAUCCAGGGACAAGGUACAGUUUUGUUAGAAUGGCUGCCUUUUGUGUAUUUGAUGUAGAAUUUGUGGAACUGUCAUGCUUAGAGUCACUGUGAAUUUUCAGCAAAGGAAAGUGUAGGAAAAAUAGCUCUUUAAAGCAAAUAAACUAGAUUAUCAUUUUUAUGAUGUCCUUGGCAAGUGUUCAGAAUGUGGUCCAGUGGAGCAAUGGAUUUGGCAUCAUAGGACCUGGGUUCAAAUCCUGAUGCUGCCAUUUACACAACCCUGUGUAAUCUUUGGCAGAUCACUUCAUCAUCUGGACCUCAGUUUCCCCUAAUAUAAAAGUGAGCAGGGGGAGGAGGAGGUGGAUUGGACUAAAUGACUUCCAAGGCUCACUCCAAUUCUAAAGCUAUGAUUUCAAGGAGAUGUUUUAAAACUGUAGAAACUCUGUUUACCCCAUUUCUUAGUAUGACUACAAAAUGGAAAAAAAAAAUGUUUUCCAAGCCAACAGAAAGUUCUUACAUCAUCCUUCAGUGACCUGUGAUAAGAUUAGUGUGGAUAUUUCCCCACCAGCACAUUUUACAACCUCUCCCAGCAAGGAUUUCAUGAAUUCUGUCUCUUGGUGGUCAAUCCUCUGGUGAAAAAACUCUCCCAACUUUUCUAAGUUGUUCUAAUGAUCACAAGCACAAAGUCUGUCCUUCAGCUAUAGUCAAAGCUAAAUGAGGACCUUCAAGAAUUUGUCUCCUGGGGGCAGCUAGGUGGCCCAGUGGAUAAAGCACUGGCCCCAGAUUCAGGAGGACCUGAGUUCAAAUCCAACCUCAAACACUUGACACUUUUAGCUAUGUGACCCUGGGCAAGUCACUUAACCCUCAUUGCCCUGCAAAAAUAAGUAAAUUAAAAAAUUGUCUCCUGCUUCCACUGGCCUUGGAGAGCCCAGAGUCCAUGGACAACUGACUCAUUCCAUUUGGUAACAUCAGAGUCAAACUAGAGUGGGGGGUUUGGAGUAAUAGUGCUGAAAAUUUCUGCUCCUUGGAGCUGGUUAAUGGAGUUUUUAAGUAAGAUGCAAAUUAUUUUUAUGUAGCUGUGAGAGGGAAAGGAAGGCAAUGUGGUAAGGUAAGAAGGUAAGAUGAUUGAGGAAAGGUUCGAGAGUCUUACCAACCUUCCCUUGCAAAGUUGCAGAAUUUAAGUGAAUGUUUUUGAGUAUUUUUAGUUCAAAGGCUGCCUCAGUACCUACCUACAGAGGUAGUUCUCAAUGCCAAAAAAAACCCCACAAUACACACACACACAUACACAACCCCCCCCCCCCGCAACCAAAAACCAAACCAAACCAAAACACACAAAAAAACCCACAACCAAAAACCAAAAAAAGAAAACCAACAAAAAAACAACAACCUUAAUUGGAUGAUUGUAAUGGAGAUACUUGACUGUAUUAUGACAUGUGUAGUUAUUUCUGGGUUUUGUAUCAUAAUCAUAUGUGAAAUGCACUUUGAUUUAGUUUAUGGGACAUGUUUCUUGCUGCUAAGAUAACAUCUCUCCUUUUUUCACUCCUUUCUUUUUUCUCCACAUUCCCUUCCAAGUAUUUCAACCCAAUAUAGCUCAUCCAAAGCCUCUGAUCCUAAAAAUAAGUAACUUUAUGAGAUACUUCAGUGAUUCUGCCAGAGGUUCCUUUUGUAAUUAAUUAGACUAACUUAAGAGGACAAAGGCCUGUCUCAUUCCCAGAUCCUAUUAAUGUCUAUCGUGGCAAUGAGAAAUAGAUAGCUCUUGAGAUAGAAACCAUGGGGAAGGUGGAUAAGGUGCUAGUCUUGAAAUCAGGACUACCUGGAUCCAAAUUCUGCCUCAGAUCAUCUGGAAGACCCUGGGCAAGACCCUUAACCUCUCUGGGCCUGUUCAUCUGUAAAAUGAGGGGGUAGAACCAAAUGGCCUCUAAAGUCAUGUUCAGUUCUAAAUCUGCAAUCCAUAACCUAGAGCAGUUCCUCUCCUCUUCAGGUGAACCUGUGCAUUGGGAAAUUCCAUUAUUGAUCGAUUGCUUUAUUGCCACAUACAAAUGGAACAAAGAGCCAUUCAUUCUAGCUCCAAUUCCAAUGAUCGAUCCUGUGGUUUAUUAAAUGCAAGGGACUGUGCUAGGCAUAGGAGGAGAUACAAAGAUAAAUAAUGCCUGGUCCCUAGCCUUAAGGAAUUUAUGUAAUCUUAGAAGGAAGAUUUAAAAAAAUGUCCUUUUCUCCAGUUUUUUUCUGCACAGGUUGUCAGAUUAAUCUUCCUAAUUUACAACUCUGAUCAUAUCACCCCACUGUAUCAAACCUCCUAUGGCUCCCCACUGCCUACCAAAUAACAUCCCAAAAUGCAGUAGCUGCACUUUCUUUUCUUAUCAUUAAUCUUUUUUAUACAUCAGAUAAUCAGGUUGAUUAUGUCAUGUGUGGGAAGCUUUUACAGUGAGCUGAGUCCUGUACUCAAGACUAAGAAGUACUCACUCUAAUUUUUCACUACCUUCUCUCUGGCCUUUUGCAGUUAUUCGUCCUGUCAUUCCAGGAGAGGGGAAAACCUGCAAAUACCUUUCUUUGGCAGGUGCCCUACUCCCUUGUUCUUCAAAUGCUUCUUUAAGACUUGCCUUCUGUUAUAACAUCUUUCAACACUGAUCUCUGUCCUGACAUUGUUCUUCCAAGGAUUAGGAAUGUGACUCUUAAAUUAUCCAUGCAUAGUAUUUAUUGGGUUUUAAAAAAGGUGAGAAAAGGAAUUUUGUGAUUGUAAAUGACUUAUGUAUGAGUAUUAGAUAAUGUUUAUAAUGAAAGAUGCUACUGUCUAAUUUAUAUCAUGUAAAUAAUGGUUUCAAAAGCUUGAUGAUAAAUGUCAAUGUUUACUGUUUUCAAUAAUAUGAAUUGAAAUAAUUUCUAUAUAUGUGAAAUGGAAAGUGUCCUCCUGCCCUGCCAAAUGUGACAAGAGAUGUAUAUUAACACAUUUCAUUAAAAAAAAAACUUAUCAGGAAUUUUGAAAUUAUAAAGUACUCUAUACAUGUCAAUGUAUGCAGUAUUAUAAUAUACCUGUUCAUAGAAAGUAUAACCACAGAGUGACUGGAGUUUUGUUUUGCUUUAACAUUUUGACUGACUUAUUUCUAAAUCCUCUCCUUGUAGGUUACCUUUUCAAAGAGCACAUCUUUUCAAUUAGAUGCAUUUUGAAUACAUUGUUAGUGAAUUUUUGUAUUACACCACUGGUGAGUGUUAAU